CACUGGCUGGAUCCAUCUUUUAUAUGCAGCAUGAUACAGGCAGCCUGACUGGGUCAAAGUUGCAAAGUACUGCAGAUUCAGAGCAGAGAAGAAGCGCUAAACCAUUUCUGGACGUAGCUGAUACAGACAAAGCCUAAAUGGAUCUAACCGAACAGAUCAACCAGUUGGAGGCAGACUUGCAGGAGCUGGGGUCCCUCUUGGAGAAGGCAGAGAGGAAUAGAGUGCAGGAGCUGUUGAAACAGGAGCAGAAGAAGGUGGAGAAGGAGCUCGCAAGCAAACGACAACAGAAGGAGCAACAAGCCAGGAGAGAGGCAGACCCAACCGCUGCCUCUAAAGCAACAUACACAGUCAAGAUCACGAGCUAUGCCUGGGACCAGUCUGACAAAUUUGUCAAAAUUUACCUUGCAUUGAAGGAUGUGCACAAAAUUCCAUCAGAAAAUGUGGAAGUAAACUUUACAGAAAGGUCAUUAUCUGUGCUGGUGAAGGAUCUAGAUGGCAAAAACCAUCAGAUGACAAUUCUCAACCUGUUAUAUCCGAUUGAUGAAAAGGACAGCUGCAAAAAGAUAAAAACAGACAUGGUCUUGGUCAUGUGCAAGAAGCAGACGACAAAGAAGUGGGACUGCCUAACAACCGUGGAAAAGCAGUCCAAAGAGAAAGACAAGCCCAGCAUGGAUGAGAACGCAGACCCGAGCGAGGGCCUGAUGAGCAUGCUGAAGAAGAUCUACGCAGAGGGAGACGACGAAAUGAAGAGAACCAUCAACAAAGCCUGGUCAGAGUCCCAAGAGAAGAAAAUACGAGGAGAAGACAUGAUGGACUUGUAAAUGUUGCCGCUUUUUUCCACAGCAGGACCAAAUGAGAGCUACGAGGGCCGCAGCAGGCUGUUCAAUACUGAAGCCCAAGUGUACAAAGCUCACGAAAGAUGGAAUAAUAUUUAAGCCCUGGCUGGCCUCAUUUUGGCCCUGCUUUGAAAACCAGGCUACCGAUGUUCUAUGAGUCACGCCUAGCCGCAGAUCUCUUAAUAACUUGUAAGGAAAAUGUCCAACACGAGGCCGCCGUCCAGCAGAGGGCGACCUCGACACGACGAGUCAUCAACACGGCUUCAUCAUGGUCGGCGUUAGAUUCCAACACUCAGGAGCAGAUCGUGUGCCGAGUGACAUCUGUGUCCCUGUUGGCAUUUCCCAUCACCUCCAGCAGUUGUUCAUGCCUUCCUGCAGGCUUGGAAUCUAAAUGUUUCAUUACUUUUUCCUGGUGACGAUAUAAAGGACCACAAUGCAGUUAGUUUCGUAGCUCUAGUUGUUGUUUUUCGUUUCAGGCUUCAAUCUCCGUCAGUCUUUGCGGUUUAGAUUAGACCAGAGUACAUGUAAUUAGUAAACAUUGUUCCUGUGUGGAUUCAACGCAGCUGAACCCAGCUGAUAUUUAAGAUGUUUUCAAGCGUACACGCCGUUGCCAAAGCCGAUUCCUGUUAACGAACACAACCAGAGGGCUCUUUUUACUUUUUAAAAUGUCACAUCAGCCUUUUUUUUUUCUCUCAUUCCAUAAAUAGAUCAGAAUGAUAGCAGCGGUUGUAAUCUUGCAUCAGUGCAGUGCAAUAAUUUACAGUAGAGCAUGCAUCUGUGUUUCAGAUCUUUAAUGUAUUCUGCUCAUUCCUGCUGCAAAAUGUAGCCUUCUCAGAAAAAAAAACUAAACUUAUUGUAACUUCCUGUCGUGUGUUUCCUCCUGUCAUGUCUAUGUAGCACUGUUCACAUUGUACCUUUCAUUCCAACAUUGUGAAAUGUAUGUUUUCUUUUUUUAAAUCAUUUUAUUGGGGCUAUUGUUGAACUAAUUGUUGCCUGUCCUCAGGUUGUUAAUGCACUUCCAACAAAUAUAACUGUGGAUCUGAA